AUGGAGAACGCAAGGAAGUUACCAUUACGGCCUGAGGACCCAAUCUGCUCAAUCAAGGCGUCGACACUGCUGCCCGCCGAAACAAUGUCCAAAGUACUGCAAGCUGCAGCCAAAGCAACGGGGGAUGAUGCCACGCUCUUCUCCUGUCAUUCGCUACGACGCGGAGGUGCAACCGCCCUGUUGUCAGCGGGCGUCGACAGCACCGCCGUCAUGUUACACGGAAGGUGGAAGUCUGACUCAUACCAGCGAUAUACGUCGUACACAAACGAGUCGGGACGACACCUUGCAGCCCAAAUGACGUUCGGGGGCUCCAAUGCUCAAGGGAUUGCUAACAAAACCGAAGCAUCGUUCACUCGCCACGAGUAA